AUGACAGGAGAAAAUGUAGAUCCAACAUUUUUCAAAAGUCUAGUUGGAAGCUUGCGCUACUUGACUUGCAUAAGACUAGAUAUUCUCUAUGUCGUUGAAUUAGUCAGUCACUAUAUGGAGAAUCCCACAACUACACAUUUGAAGACAACCAAAAGAAUUCUUCGAUACCUUAAAGGUACUGUUAACUUUGGCUUGUUCUAUUCAAGUUCUAGUAACUACAAACUUGUUGGAUAUAGCGACAGCGAUUGGACAGGAGAUUCCGACGACAGAAAAAUCAUUAUUGGAUUUGUGUUCUUCAUGGGAGACAUUGCAUUCACAUGGAUGUCAAAGAAGCAACCGAUUGUCGCCCUCUCUACCUGCGAAGCUGAAUACGUAGCUACUACCUCAUAUGUCUGUCAUGCAAUAUGGCUGAGAAACUUGUUGAAAGAAUUAAGCAUGCCACAACAAGAGCCAACAGAGAUCCAUGUCGACAACAAUAUACAAUAG